AGAAUCAAAACAAUGAUUUUGAAUGAAAUGAUCUAUAGAGAUCUAAUAAUGACAAUGAUGGCGAUGUUCGUGUAACACUGUAAACAUUAGUCUACAGAAAAUGUCAAAGCUACAGAAGGAAGUCAUCCAUGCACAGCUGGUCAGCAAGGCAGUACUGUCACCAGAUGAGAAUGAGUUGUACUUAUUGAGCCAACAUGCUGCCAUUCACAUGGAUCCACAAGUGUUCAAAAUUAUUUUAGACUUAUUGAAAUUUAAUGUUCCGCCAUUGGCUAUCGUCGACACAUUGAAAUCUAUGUGUACACAGCACCAAACAUCAACCUCUGGGUUUCUAGGCAGUGGUGAGCCUCACCACAGCCUCAGGCUCUCAAACAUAGGAAGUCAGGAUUCUUCCACCAACCAGCUAGCAGCUUCCAGAUCAGUUUCGGAGCGCUCUGUCAGGGGCAAUGGGUCGUUGCACAAGAGCUUCACUGGGGAAUAUCUUUCUCACAGCAGUACAGAUGAUGUCUUAAACUAUUCUAGCGGUAAUGUUCCCAAAGACAGUUCGUACGGCCAUCAUGUUGACCGGCCAGGCCUACAUCACAUAACAGUCAGACAAAGAGGUUCUGUGGAUGACCACAGGGCUGAUAAAUAUAAGGACAGAGUGAAUAAGAAGAGAUAGAAUUCUAACUUGAACUGAAUCUCAAACAAAACCCAGGAAUGUCUCAAAGCUAUUUAUUCUGUUGUUAUGAAAUAAAUUCAUUACUAUUCAUUUUGAAACCAGCAUUUUCAACAUGAACAACCUUUUUCACAGUUAAAAAUAGAAUGUUAACAAAGCCAUAACAAACAACAGCUUAAUAAAAUGCUGCUUAUAUUUUACCACUUUCAAAAGAGCACUCAAAUCUCUUUGUUUAAAAUUGACUUCAUUAAUUUGCAGUGGGUUUUUUUUUGUUUUUUUUUUAACAUUUUUAUUUCAAUAUAAGGUUCACAAUAUUUUGUAUACAAAUAAUCUGUUUUACAUGUUUCUCAAAUCCUCUAGUGCUUUGCAAUAUUUAAAAAAAAAUGUAUUCAUUGUUAUUAUCAAUACAUUUACUCUGAUAACAAUACUGCAUAUGGAACAAAUUUAAAAAAGAUUGUUCAAUUAAAAUCAAGCUUUUUUUUUUCUUUUGUUUUGUAUACAAAUGUAAUGUUUGCUGGUAUUAUUGAACCCAUGUUAAGAAUCUCUGACCUUUUGAGUUUCAACUUAGAAAAUAUUCUUAAUGGUAUGAUGUCAGCAAUGCCCAAUGCAAGAAUGGUAAUUAUUUUAACUAUCUGCUCUCAAAACUUUUUCACCUCUGCCAAAGUGCCUUAAUCUUUUAACAAAAUCUGUAAGAAUUUGAAACUAUAUAUUGAAUAGCUAUUAUUCAAUGUUUUUUUUUUGUCCAAUUAGUCACAUGUUAAAUUAGAUUGUCAAUGUUGGUAUUCCAUUAAGACUAGAUCAGUCUCAAGAGUUUAUGUGAUUAAUGUGUUCUUACUACUAAAAGAUAUUGAUUUUAUAAAGUUAUGUAAACUCCUGUAUAACUUAGUAAAUUGUGUUGUAUUAUUUUAUUUGAUUGAACUUGAUUGACAAAUGGACUGAUUUCAUCUAUAUACUAUACACAAUACAAACAAUAAUAAUA